AUGAAAGGUCAUGAAGGUAAAAGGUACUAUUAUUCCAUUAUUGAACGCUACUGCAACAGUCCUAGAAAACAGCAGUUUUUCUUCUGCCGUGGGAAUGGUGCUAAAUGCAUUGUGCUGAGAUUGUUUCUUUCCCUGCAGGAUUAUUUCCACGAGCUCAUCUGCAUCACAGAAAGGGAGAAGUUUGUUGUGCCAAUCCGAGCUAUAGGUGCCCGAGCUAUCCUGGACUUCCCCGACCAGGUGAACUUCUCAGCCUGUCCAGUCAAGUACAGCACCCAGAAAACGCUGCUGGUUCACAAUGUUGGUAACCGGGAGGCCCGCUACUGCAUCAGCACGCAGAGCCCUUUCUCUGUCGAUCCCUCUGCUGGGACUCUUGGGAUUGGUGAUGCCGUGCAAGUAACAGUGGACUUCCACCCACAGAAGACGGGUGAUUAUUCCAGACCCCUGACAGUUCACUACGACACAGGUGAAGAUACUCACACAAGCCUUCAUGGAGCAGCUGAAGAUGUCAACAUCAGGCUAGACAGGAACUCCUUGGAAGUUGAGAAGACCUACCUCAUGCUGUCAAACCACAGAUCCGUGGUCAUCCGCAACCGGAGUAAAAUCAUAGCCCACUUCCAGUGGAAGGCUUUUCUUACUCAAGAAGAGGAGCAUCAGGAGAAGCUGAGGUUCAUUGGAAAGAUUCCUUUCAGUAAGACACACUGCCCAGGGGUAAAACUACCAUACGGCCUCAGAGGGAUGUUAGUGGUUUUUUGGAUGGUAUAGGACAAAUAAAGCAUCCACAAUAUCAGGGUUUCAGGGUAAUGGAGCUCAGUGCUUCCCAUUCCAGUUCCAUCCACAUUCCAGCUGAUGUUUUGGGAAGGAAAAGUUGAUUGCAAUGACUGCAUUUCCUCAGAGAGCAAAUUCCCAUCUGUGGGAGCCCUAAAUCAGUGAGGCCAGGUCCCUGGGCUCGCAGGGGGUCUGUGAGGCUGAGGAAAGUGUCGGCACUCCUUACCUGGGACGGCGUUGAGCAGUAGCACCUAACAGCUGCAGGCAGCGUACCUGUUGUGAUAUUCACUACAGUUUCUUCUCCUCCAGCUUUGAUAGGAUGGCAACCUUCUUCAGCCUGCUUUUGCAGUGGUGCGCAGGGCAGGGUGCUUUGCU